UCUCUGCCUGCAGGUUGGAGGGAUAUCGAUGGCCGCGCUCCCCGUCAGAGAGGCCAGAAGGAGGCACUUGACCAGCUACUGGGACAGAUAAAAGAAGCCCACCGCCACUGUGUCUGCCAUGAACAGUGCAAAGCUCCACAACAAGGGAGGAAGCACUCAGUUUCCAAAAGCCUGCGCCACCUCUUCCAACCUACCAGCAAAUUUGUUAAAAGCUUGAAAAGGGGUCUGUACCUGACAUCCAUACUCUACAGAGAUGAUAAUGUGCUAGUGACUCCAGAGGACCAGAUUCCUAUCGUGGAGGUGGAAGAUUCCUACUCCAGCUCCCUCAUGCAGGACUUCCUCUGGUUUACCAAGGUAUCGUAUCUAUGGGAGGAGAUUCCCUGGCUGCAGCAGUGUCUCAGUCCUUCGCAGUCUUCUUGUUCCUGCACUCUCCAGACGCGCCUCAAGAUGCUGCAGGCUGUCUCACAACUACAGGGAAUGCUGGGAACCCAGGACCUCGGUCAGGUGUAUUUUGAGCCAAUCAAAGACAAGCAUGGUAACGCCCUGCUGGUGCUGCUGAAGGACAUGAGUUCCUCUCCUAACCUGGAUGGGGUUCGCUGGACGCAGCUCUGCAAACUCCAGCUCCAACGCAAGUCCAUCUCGUCCCCCGAGGAGCCCAGCGCUCUGGACAUGCUUCUCAUCACGCUCCAUGAGAAGCUGGCUUAUCACAGGCGGAGCAGGAAGGUGUUGGCCCCCGGAUUAUACCUGGGCUACCUGAAGCUGUGUACCUCAGUGGAGCAGAUCAGAGUGCUGGUGCCUCAGAAGCUCCCCAACGUCCUCUGUCACACCAAAAUUCGGGACAACAGCAACGUGUCCAGAGAGGAGUGGCAGUGGCUGCAGGCUCUCAGCUCUCUGGAGGAAGCGAUUGAAAUGGAUAAUGAAGAGCAGAGCGCUCCUCAUCGCCUCUUACAGGACCUGCGCAGCGCCAUCAAGGACCUGAUGGCGCACAUCAAUAUCCCAGGCAAUCAGGUGCAGGAAUUCCGUAUCUACAGCCAGGAAGUGGUGGAGUUUGGUGAGAAAGUGUCCUUCCUGCUCCUCCUGCCACCUUCAGAUGAAGUGUGCACAGCUCCUGGUCAGAACAACCCGUACUCCCCCCGCUCCGGCUUCCUCACGCUGCCCCUCCAGGUCUUUGAACUGGUCCACUUUAAUGCUUAUUGCCCCAGUUUCAUCGGCCAGUACUGCAGAGUGUCUGCGUUGCUGGAGCUGGAGUCCCUCAUGUCCCAGCAGGCCCUAAGGGAGGCCUUCUCUGAGACUGAGCUGCUUUCUGCCAAGAAGAAACACCAGCAGGUCCAGGAACACAUUCAGGAAAUGGAGGAAGUGUGGCGGGAUGCGAGGUGGAUCAUGGAUGCUCUGCAGUACGCUCGCUACAAGCAGCCAACAGGGGGCAUCUCCAUAAGUUGGAUCAUUGACUUCUCCAAGGAAGUGCUCCCUGAGAAACCUCCCUCCACCUCCUCUCAGGCCGACUUCCUGCCCUCCCCGAUGCCUUCACCCGAACCCUGCCUCAAGCACUCAGAUUUUGCUGGUCUAUCAGAUGAAGAGGGCUCCUCCGAGGUCUUCCUCACCACCGACAGUGACUACGACUCCAGCCGUGCUCAGAGUCCCCGGGAGCUGGACCUGCUGCCGGCCUCCCCGCUCUCCUCCUCCGCGCCGCUGGAGCCUCGCGGGUUCCUGCGUAGCGACGGCAGCAGCUCAGGAGGCGGGGGGUGUCUCGGCGGGGGGGGACGGGGCAGUGGGGCGCUGAGAGACUCCACUCCAGACGUCCUUCAGGCCUCCGAGCCGCAGCACGGGAGGGACGGCGAGCGGUGCGGACGAGGAGGGCGUUGUGGCGGGGAGAGGCGGAGGGGCGGCCCCGAGCUGUUCGACAGCGACUUCAUCCUGCCCAGCCGGCAGAUCGAGCUGCUGCACAUCACAGAGAAGAGGCAGGCCUUCUGUGUGAGGACCAGCAGCCUGGAGUUCCCCUCCGCCCACCUGCCUUACUCCUACCACAGCUCCUGCCCCUCACCCUCCACCUCGCCGCAUAGGAGAUGUCACCGGCCAUCGUCUGUGGAUCGCUGUUGCCCGGCUGAGCGCUGCCUCCCACAUCUUCCACCGGCGCGUACGUUAUCGCAAGACAGCGGCACGCAGAGACUCUCCUCGCUGUCGCCGGCCUCCCUCAGGAAAGGCUGCCACGCCACGCUCAAAGUUUACCCGCAGUAUCACACAGGCCUGCCCAAGGAGACCAGUGUUAAGCUCUGUGUGACUCCAGGGACGUCGGCGCGGGAGAUGGUGCAGCUGGUGGUGCAGGAGAUGAACGUGGUGUCGCGGCGCAUGCUCGGCAGCAGCGGGGGGGAACAGGAGCCGUGUGUGUACUACAGCCCCGAACAGAUAAAGCACUUUGGCCUCGUGCUGGUGGUGGACAACAGAGAAAAGUGGCUUCAGGAUGAUUUCUGUCCCCUGGAGCUGCAGAACCCCUGGCUGAGGGGAAAACUGUGCGUCCGUAUAAAGGAGUAUUCACCACUAGCGCUCACACAAAGCCGGGCCACUACAGUCUGACACUUCCAGGAGAGAGACACUCAAGACCUUUACAUUCUCUUGGGAUAAAUGUGUAUAAAAAUGAAGGAACUGUUACAUUUGUACAAACAGGCCUACGAUAUUUUGUCCCACUGUGGUGUAAUCAUCCACAACUGCAGCUAUAAUAUGUCAUACUACUGCUGUGUGCUUGUCAUCGGAGAAGUUUCUAUGGAACUUUUUCUCAAAGACCCUCGUAUGGACACCAAAUGAACAAUAACAAAAUAGUUUCAGCGCUGUCGAGGAUCAUUUGGGAAAAGAUAGUGAUGGCGAACGAGAUUAAUGGAGCGUCACUUUGACUUCUGGCACGAUUGACGACGGCACAUCGAGGCGUUGCCAACAGAAGAUGGUGCGGUGUCAUCGUUGCAGCCACACGCGGACACAGAUUUUUCUAUGAACUCUCUCAUUGUGUCAUUCCCAAAGAGCUGUCGCCUGCAGCCGCCCGGCAACAUGUCCCCAGGAUGUGGGCGUUGGACCCGGCCCAGAGGGGGGGGGAGGGGCUGGCGUCUUAAACAGUGCGAACGCUUUGGCCCGUCAGCCUGUCACUCAACUGCUUUUGGCCACUGUCUGGUAGCAAAGCAGCCAAGCAAUGAAAAGUGAGCUUGAUGAAGAGUGAGAGAGGAGGAGGAGGAGGGCCGACGCUGCAUCUUUCAGAAACCUGGCGCGCUUCUUCUCGCAGCCCUCUGUAUAGUAGACUCAGUCGUAGUGUAGCUAACACUAAACCAGCUCAUUUGGAUUUCCACCCCAGACAAAACAAAAGCAAUACUUGACUCUUUUUUGUUUUUUUCUAAUAGAUGGGUCGAAAAAAAAGCAUGUAAACCUUCCAGAGUUGUGCUGAUCUGAAGUACUGUAGUUCAUGCUGUGCUAAAAGUUAACCAGUGUAGUGUUUUUGUUGUGUUUGGUUCAGUGGUAUUCCCAGAUGCAUCAGAAAGCGGUGCCCACCAGUCUAGAGCAGCGUCUCCCAGAGGGAUUCUAUUGUGAAAAGGGAUGACUCUAGUUGUUAAGAGGCCCCGUGUUUGUUAGCAGAGUAACAUAUCGUAUAUUUAUAUUCCCAAAACACUGAUGCAGGCAUUGCACUUUUGGGGCAAAACACUAAAUCUAACUAACACAAUAAAUAAGGCCUCUUAACACUCCUUACCUUCCUUUUUAGAUAUUUGUUGGGAACCUGUGCCAAGUUUGAAUUCCUCUCCUCAUUUAAAACCGUUUACAUCGAACUCAACAUCCCUAACUGCAGGCUGUUGUGUUUUAUUUAUUGUUUAUCAACUGUUUUUAAGCAUAAGAUCAAAACUUUUCUCUCACCACCGGCUAAGCAACAUCACACCGUUAUAAGAACCUGCAUCAUUUCCAAAUGUAGCACCAGAAAGGUCCAGGAGAGGAGCGUUUGGACCUGGCCUCAGUCACUGUAGCAUUCCAGGUUCCUGUCGCAGGGGGCGUCUCAAAGUGUUUACACAGUUUCCUUACACUUUCCAAGAUGUGUUUACGUGUAACUACUGUAUAAAGAUGUCUUGUGACAAACCGAUGUUAUAAAUUGUAAUUGGUUUUACUAAAAAUGGCUUGAACUGUUGUGUUAACGCUUAGAUGUCUUCUUUAUUCUCGUUGUGAAAGGCGGUUUUUAUAAGGACCAACUGCAAACAACAAAUCACACAACCAGAAAGCAAACCUUUGUACAUAGACAGAGGAAGACCAGGAGAUGAAUGUACUGUAUCUGCCCUAAAUGUGAAAGGAAGUGAAUGUGGGGCUGUCAUCACUACUGAGGUCAAAGGUCAGUGAAGUUAGCGUCUGUCUUGAGAUGAAGCUGAGGGGAGGGGGGGGGGGGUUGAAUUCCCUCUCCGGUUGAGAAAUAAAGUUUAGCCCCAUGUUUACAAGGAGCUGUUGGCAGACCCCGCGGGCGAAGUCACGAAGGAGACAUCACGUCACUUUUUUAAAAUCUAUUUUUAUUGAACAAUAAAUGAAUAUAACAAAAUAAAA